AAAUGCUUGUCUCGGUUUUGAGUUGUGCAUUUUGAAGUUGUUCCUCAGCUGGUUCAGUGGAAGUGUAUCGCAGAGCACAAAAUGGUGGAAUUGAUUGCUGUGAGCAGCUUUCAGAGCCAGGAAGGCGAUGAGCUGAGUUUUGAGGUUGGGGACAUCAUCAAGAAUUCUAAGUGCACGGAAGAGGACGGCUGGUGGGAAGGAGAGCUGAAUGGGAGGAGGGGCCGGUUCCCAAGAAUAUUCCUCAAGGAAGUGGCAACUCAAACCAACGAAUCUGGAAACCGUAUACAGCCUCGUUCAAUGCGCAGAAAGCCAAUUGUAAAGAAGAAGAAGCAGAGAUGGUGUGAGGUGCUCAUUUCCUACAGCCCUGUAAAAGCAGAAGACCUGGAACUCAACCUGGGAGAUGUCAUUGAGAUCCUCGAUGAGAUUGAAGAUGGUUGGUGGAUAGGAAGAAAGAAUGGACAGACUGGGGGCUUCCCAUCUAAUUUUGUAUUAGAAAUGGACAACACAGAUGGGAAGGCCCGAGGCUUCGCUACUGAGUCUGAUUUUGGUGUCCUGAAUGAAAGCAAGCCAAGCUCAGACAUCCAGGUCCCAAUGUUUGGAUCAUUGCAUCCCAGUGCAAGCCUUGGGAAACCUGCAAGUGGGAGACAACAGCUGGAAUGCUAUAAGGCAGCAUUUGACUACACUGCAUGGGCAGAAGAUGAACUCAAUCUACGCAAAGGAGAUGUCAUCCUAGUAUUAGAGAAGGAGACAGGGGAAGACGGCUGGUGGGAGGGAUAUAUGGACGGAAAGCAAGGAUUAUUCCCAGACAACUAUGUGGUUCCUUAUGUAGAAGAGACAGAGAUGAGAAAGGACUUCCCUCCAGGAGUCAAAACAGAUGUGGAUCUAUCUUCUAAACCUGACAGCAUGGCAUCAGUGAAGAACCCAGAACAGAUCCCCUGGAAAGUUGACCACAAAGGUGAGAAGGAAGAGCCCAAGAAUGAGCGGUCAGGUACUGUGGUCAAACCUGGGCCUCUGAAAAAGGUGCCACCACCUGUAAAAGUGAAGCCAGUGUUGUCAACCCUUCAAAAUAAAGUUAAUGGAGAACAAGCUCUCGCUCCACAGGACCAGAAAAAAACAGCCAGAGACAGGAACAGUGAUUCAGAUUCGGUGACCUUUGACAUCCUCGCUGCAUCCACAGAGAAGCUGACCCACCCGACGACAGGCAGGCCCAAAGCCAAGGGGCGCAGACCACCCUCUCAGUUUGUGACUUCACCUGUUCAGGAUGUCAAAAGGUCAGUACAGCUCUCAGGAGCUAAGGUCACUGCUCUGAUCAGCCAGCAGUCAGAACUGCCCCCACUGAAAACGCACAGGGGGACAGCUGGCAAGCCACCAACUGGUUUGCCCAAUUCAACAAGCAAACCGCAGAGAGAGGCCGAGAGCGACGACAAGGCGAUUACACUCCCAGCUUUGAGAGCAGAGGUCCGAAGUCUCCAGCUGAGCUUCGAUCUACUGAAGAACCAACAUUUUGUUUUCUUUUUUUAUGAUCACAGGAGCGAUAUAACUGCUUUAAAAGAAGAGAUAGCAGAGGAGCGGAGGAAACGAAAUGCACUGCAGGCGGAGAUUGAAAAACUGAGAAAAUUCGCAACAACUUUACAAAAGCACUGAUUUCUAACCCUGAUUCCUGGCCCCAGCCUGUGACCCACCCUCUGUGAAGAUAAAAUUCAAGUGGACAAUGCCCUGGAGUUUGACAAAUCUGAAGCCUGUUCAGGCAACAUGGGAUUGUUAAGAAGUUUGCUCCGUGUGUGUGUGUGUGUGUGGUACCUGGUGGUGAUGGAGGUCUGUGCAUUCCCAGUGUCAAAAGGUGAAGACACAGAGCCAGUCAGGAAAGCCACCAGCGUGGAAAAAAACGCACUUGAAUAGGCUUCUAUUUGUUUGGCACUAUGCAUGACCUCAAGACAUUCUCAAAUACUUUCCAAUUUAUGACUGAGGUGUGAUGAUGUAAAUCCAAGGUGGUAACUGGGUGAAAGUCUUGCACGGGUAUCCUGCACCCUCUGUAUUGUUAGAGCGGCAGAUUCCACUCCUCAAUCAAGCAAAUGCAUGCAGGUCAAUUCUCUUUCUAGCACUCAACAAUCUUCAAACUCCAGUCAGAUGUUCAGAUUGACCCAGCGUUUGGCACUGUGUGAGUUUACACCUGGGCAUCACAGACUGGUGCCAGAACAUGGCAUCUACAGAUGGUCAAACCUGGAACAAACCAGGAGGUUUUAAAAAAUUAAUGAGGAUUUAGGCUAGGCCAGUACUUAUUGCUCAGAGGGCAGUUAAGUGUCAACCAUAUUGCUGUGGGUCUAGAGUCACAUGUAGGCCAGACUGGGUAAAGA